AUGUCUUGGUUGAUUUCUUCGCGUUACGUUUCAGCACACUUACUGCGUCCAGCACCACCAUUAGCUAUAUUACAUCUUAAUAGUAAUAUCUUUUCUCGAUGCUAUACGACUAAAAGGUAUACAAGAGAACAUGAAUGGGUUGGUGUGGAAGACAGUUUAGCCACAGUCGGAAUAACAGACCACGCACAAAUUUCUCUAGGUGAAGUGGUGUACGUUGAAACUCCAGCGUUAGAUAGAAAGGUCAAAAAGCAAGAAUCCAUUGGAGCCAUAGAGAGUGUUAAAGCUGCCAGUGACGUUUACGCGCCUGUAAGUGGAGAUGUUGUUUUAGUGAACGAGAAAUUAGGUGACUAUCCGGCGUUGAUCAAUAAGAGUCCAGAAAAUGAGGGAUGGUUAUGUAAAAUCAAAAUGUCAGAUCCAUCCGAAAUAGAUGGUUUAUUAGACGCAGAAGCAUAUGAAGAAUUCAUUGCAGCGGAAAAAUAA